GGCGCUCGCUUAGCCAGACUCUGCCCGCCAUACAAAUAAGCGGGGCCUCACUUUUUAUGAACCCACUUUUAAGGUCUUUGUGCCGUGGCGAGAUCCUCCGCGGUGAUUAAGUAAACUGCACGCCUAGAGUUGCAAAACGUCCAGAAACUUUUCCCGGGCUUUUUUUUUCUGAAGGAAAAACUUUUUUUUGUGGUGGGAGGGGGGAUUGGGGGAAUUUUUUUUUUUUGGUUGACGUCUCCACCUGCGAGCAUGACGAGGAGGUCGUGCGCGAUCUACGCGGUGGGCGUCAUUAGCGCCAUCCUGCUCAUCGUGGGCAUCGGCCUGACCGCCUCCCAGGCUUUCCGCAAGCUGAUGUACAACCGUCUCAAGAAGGAGAUUGUUUUGGUGGAGGGAAGCCGCGUGUUUGAGUCAUGGAAGAGGCCGCCACCUCCCGUCUACAUGGAGUACUUCUUCUUCAACGUCACCAACUUGGAUGAGUUCCUUGCAGGGGCCAAGCCAGUCGUCAACCAGGUCGGACCCUACACGUACAGAGAGUACAGGUACAAGGACAACGUGACCAUGGUGAACGAUGGCAAAAUGGUGUCGGCAUACAACACGAAAAGCUUCGUCUUCCUGAGAGACAAGUCUGUUGGCGACCCUGCGUUGGAUAACAUCGUCACUGUUAAUAUACCCGCUUGGGCGGUGAUGAACAAGGCCAAAGGGAGCUUCUGGAAAUCCUCGAUCGUGUCCGUCUGGAUGAACACGCUCAAAAGCGGAUUGUUCACCACUCGCACCGUGGACGAACUGCUGUGGGGCUAUGAGGACCCCCUGCUGGCCCGAAUCGCUCAAAUGAGUCCAGAAGUGGACACGAUUUUUGGUCUUAUGUACGGGAAAAAUGGAACCAACGAUGGGGAAUUCAUCUUUCACACCGGGGAGCAGAAUUACUUGGAUUACGGCCGAGUGGAAACAUGGAAAGGUCAAAGGCAGCUGACCUUCUGGAACUCCAAUCACAGCAACACCAUCGACGGGUCCGACGGAAGUGCCUUUCAUCCCCUACUGAAAAAGGACGAACGCAUUUAUAUUUUCACCCCGGACCUUUGCAGGACCAUCUACAUGGAUUUCGAGAAGGACGUAGAGGUGAGAGGGAUCCCGGCAUACCGCUACACGCCGCCGCGUUCCGUCCUGGCCAGCAAAGAAGAGAACCCGGACAACGAGGGUUUCUGCGUCACCCCGCAGCAGUGCCUGGGAACGGGCCUGCUCAAAGUCAGUCCUUGUCGGAAAGGUGCUCCAGUCGUGGCCUCUUUCCCUCAUUUCUAUCUCGGAGAUUCCAAAUAUGUGGCAGCGAUCGAAGGAAUGUCGCCCGAGAGAAUUCAUCACCAAACCUACCUCGACCUAAACCCGACCACCGGCAUAAUUGUACGUGCCAACAAGAGGGCGCAGAUCAACAUCCUAAUCAAUAGGAUACCCACAUUCGCGAAAACUAAAGGCCUAAACGAAACCAUCUUCCCCGUCAUGUUCCUGAAUGAGAGCGUGGUUAUCGAUGAGGCGUCGGCGGCGAGAGUUCACAAGCUGCUGAUGAUUGUUAAGGUUGUUUCCAACUUCCCGCUUAUCUUUGUGGCUCUGGGCGCCAUUAUGCUGCUGGUCCUGACCCUCCUGCUGAUACGCGAGCGAAAGCAGAAGGACAGCGCAGAGGAGAACACAUCUUACUCUCCGGUGAGCGAAAAGGAAAAAGAAAAAGAAGACCCUCAAAAUGGAACGUACAUCGGCCUGACGCCCAAGGUGGACGCGCAAGCUUGAGCAAGCCAGCAGUCAAUUUUUUAAUUUUUUUUUUUUUAAAUCGACAAAAUACACUGCAAAUGACCCCGUCUGUCCAUCCCACCUCACCCGCUGGAACUAAUUUGUCAGAGAAAACACAUUUCCUUGUUUGUUUGCAGAGUUAACGAGUCUACCAAUGAUAGAUGAAAACGUCAUGAGGUGCGAUUAAAACAAACAUGGUUAAAAUGAGGUUGAGAUUAGUUUUAGGCACAGAUUUUAUUUUUCUUCCGAGAGCCAAGAAAAGGAUGGAAAACGAAGACCAGUUGUCAGUAUUAAGCCACGUAAUUACAACUAAAUGUUACAAAAUGUGAUUCUUGUGCCUGAAAAGCAUCUUUGUUUGAUGACAGUAUUUGGAGAGGCUCAAAAUUUUUCACUGGGAUAAACUUUAGACCUAUUAAAAAAAAAGAAAAACUGUACAUUUUGUAAAAUAAGAAAGUCCUUCUCAUACAGUAUGUUUUUUUUGUCUUGCUGUAAAUGUUCAUGUAGAAAGUAUCCAAAUGAAGAACUUCAGGUCUGCUAGAGUGGGUCAACAGUUCGAUCGGGAAAAAAAAGUGCCAUUUUCUGUAUCGUUGUUCUGUACAAACAGCACUGACCCAAAAUGGAGGACAGAGUGGAAGUGGCAUUUUCCCACUUUGAGCCGUCUGAUCAAAUCUGUAACCGAGCCUGGGUAUGAACCCCCUUUUGCACUGUUCAAAGCAUCCACGCAUUCAUUUUCCAAAACGCUUUUCCUCACAAGGGAUGCAGUAGAGCCCAGCUGAUUUGGGGCAAUCGGCGGAGUCCACAAGGCCAAUCGCAGUGUCACUCAUAGACAAAUAACCAUUCGCAUGCACAAUCACAUCCUGGGGACAAUUUUGAGUGUUCCCACAUUCCCAAAAACAUGCUCCCAUGCAAGUUUUUUGGAAUGUGGAAGGAAAACAGUGUGUCCGGAAAAAACAAAACAAAACAAAACAAAACAUGCAGGCACAGAGGAAGGCCGGAGCCGGAAUGGAACCCUGCACCUUUGCACAAAGACAAAUAGGCUCUAGGCCACCCCAAGUGCAUGUUGUUAUUUUGCGGCCUAAACUAAUCUCGUUUUCAUAAACUUCAGAGAAAACGUAAUUUGUUCAGAAAAAGAGCAACAUAAUUGAAAAACUAUACGUCUGUUUAUUUGAAAAUUGUCAUGAGUUAAAAAUAAUAAUAAAUCACGAUAUUACAAGAAUAAAGUCAUAUUUAAGGUUAAGUCGUAUCACGUGAGGUCAAGUUACAUCUCCACUAAGGAACAACUCCCGUGGGCGGCAUUACUAUGUUCAAUACCACACCAGCAUAGAAAUGGUCGUUCAGAAAAUUCUCAGUUUAAAAAAUAUAUAUUUUAUUUUUUCGAGUGGUGCUCCCUUGUUUUUGUGGUAACAUUUGAAGGACUGCAAUGCUUUGCUAAUUGGGUUUUAAUUUCCAGUUAUUUCCUUUUUCUAAUAAUUUCAUAAUUUAGAGUUAGGUGAUUAUAAUAAUGACGAUUUAUGGAGAGUGCAUCCUGUAGUCCAAGUUCACAGUCGCCACAUGGAUUCUAUCACCUCUUUUAUUGUGUGUGCCCAUUUACCAUAUUCAAAAAAACUGAACGCAAAGCACAACGCUGCCCAUUUUCCAAAUUAGAUUGUACUUUAUGAUAUUUUCGUUAUUGUUAUAACCUUGUAUGUAUCCUAACCAUUUUUUUGGGGGGGGGGGGGGAAACGUUGACUUGUUUAGACUGUGUACACGAAAUAAAAGUUUAAAAACUCA